AUGGCUUCCAGCUCCGGUAAAAUGACCCAGCCGGGAGGCGCCUGUAACGGGACCGCUGCGGACUUCUCCAAUGUAGAGCAAGAGCUGUACGACUAUCAGAUGCAUACGAAAAUGUGUAAGAAAAUAGCGCAGCUUACUAAGGCAGAGGAGAGGGAGCAGAAGGCAGAAGAGGAGCAUGCAGAGCGGGUGGCCGUCUUGACCCAAGAAACUAUAGAGCUGAGAAGGGACUAUGAGAACCGACUGCAGGACCUGGAGUCAGAGAAAGUCACGGCACAGAACCUUCUGGAACAAACCUUGGAGGAAAACAAGCGACUGAAGGAAGAGUGCCAAGAGCUCCUACGAACGAGGGAUGAGGAGGAGAACGAAGAAGAGGAGAAGAGGAAGACGGCAGCCGAGAAUGAGAAGAAAAUACAGGAGGGAGAGAGGAAGAAAGUAGAGAAGGAAUACGAAGAGAUGACAGAAGCUCUGAGAGAAGAGGUGCGAGUGCUAAAAGAGGAGAAAGAAAGACUGGAGGAUGAGAGGAGGAGAGAGGAGGAGAAGAUGAAGAGGAGGAUAAAGGAACUGGAGGAGGCCAGACAAGAGGAACAAGAGGCAGCAAAGAGGUCCCUGCAGGAAAGCCUCAGCGAGCAGAUCAGCCAGUGGCAGCAAAGAGAGCAAGAGAACCGCAAGUCCCAGAAUGCCACGCUGCAGCAGAGGUUGAAGCAAAUAGAGGCAGAGCUGGAGACCAGGGAACUGAGAUUGAACGAGAGCAACAGACACUGCAGCAAACUACAGGAGAGACUUGAGGAUCUAGAGGAGCAGUUGGAGGAGGGGCGUCGUCGGGUUGCAGAGGCUGAGGGCGUGGCUAAAAAAGCGGAGGAGGAGCUAGCUGUAGCCAAAGAGAGGCUGUUACUGCAGGAGAAUGAACUCCAGAAUAAAUCAGAGGAACUGAUGAGUCAGAACUCUAGCCAGGUCAGAGUGUGUGCAGAGGUGGAAGAGUUGAGGUCUCAGCUGAGUCGUCUAAACAUCCGGAACAAAGAGCUGGAGCUGCAGAACAGUGGCCGCAGCAACGACCACGCACGCAUGUUAAAACAGCAUGCGGACACCUUGGCCACCACGCGCUCGGAACUGCAGCGCGCCCACGUGGAGGAAAUCAGGAGACUCCAGCAGGAAGUAGAGAAAGAGAGAGAGAGCGAGAAACAGGAAGUAGAGGAAGAGAAGAGGAGAGUGCAGCAGAAAAUGGAAGAGGAGAAGGUUCGUCUGAAAGAGCAACUGAAGAAAGCUCUGGAAGAAGUCAUACGUAAACACGGCAACGAGCUCAGACACGCUCACGCUAUGCUGGACGUAGAGAGGAAGAGAGCUCAGCAGGCAGAGGACCUGAAGAAGACCGUUGAGGACGAGAGGCGGAGCCUGGAGACUGAGAGGGAGGAGCUACAUAAACAACUGCAGCAGUCAAACACAGAGAUUUCCAGACUGGAAGGAGUGAUCCGACAGCUCGAGAAAGAGAGGGAAUUAGAGCGGGAAAAGGAGGAGGAGAGAGAGAGGGAGAGAGAAAGAUUGGCACAGGAGCUGGAGCAGCAGCCUCCGUGCGGACAGGAGUGUGUGAGACUGAGAGAGGAGCUGGCAUACACACACAGCCGCUUGCAGCAAACGCAGGAGGAGUUGAGUCUACAGAGGGACAGUUUGCAGGCAGAGAACUGUGCUCUGCAGAAAGAGAGAGAGAUUUUAGAACAAUCCCAGCAAAGCUUAGAGGAAAGGAUCAGGGAUCAGUUUGAGCAGAGACUCUCUGAUCACGUUGCUGAGCUCCAGAGAGAGAGAGAGGAGGAGAUCAGAGAAAUCACCCAGCACUGGCAACUAAGAAUACAGGAACUACAGACACAGUUAGAGGAGAGGAAAGUUCUCUCUGUGAAGAAUGACGGUGAGAGAGAGAAAGAGGAGCGCCUGGGCAGCGCAGAGAUGGACAGAAUGAAACAGGAGAUUCAGAGAACGAGAGAACUUAACAGCACUCUGAGAGCCCAGCUCCACGCUACCAUUCAAGAGAAAGAGAGACUGAUGAAAAAACAGCAGCUACAGGUGGUAAAAGAGGAAGAGGAGGAUGAGGAUGGAGUGAGAGAGGAGGGAAAGAAGGAGGCGGAGAGAGAGGAGAGGGCGUGGCGGGAGCAGCAGGAGGAGUUACUGCGGGUGGAGCGUCUGAAUCACCAGAGAGCGCUGCAGGCUCUGGAGGCGCAAGCCCAGGAGGACCUACAGGCCGAGAGACAACGCCUACUCACGCAGCACCGCCUACAGCUGGAGAAACAAAAGGCAGAGUUGACCCAGCAGCACACAGAGUGGGUGAGACAGAUCACCCAGAGACAUAUGCAACAGAUAGAAGACCUUCAGGCUGAGUUACACACUCACACACAAAUGAUGGCGCUGCAACAGGAUCUAAAGCAGCAGAACCGUGUGCAGUCACUGGAGCGACAGUUAGAUGAGAAAGGGAGCGAGAUGCAGGAACUGAGGAGAGAAAAUGAUGAAUUGAGGGAACGAGUGAACACCCUGAGCGUUGAAAAAGAAAGACGCUCUCUCCUUGACUCUAAUCCGAGCUCCUGGACGGAGGAGGACGAGGAGGCGCUAGAACGGGACGGGAGGAUGGAGAGGAACGACAGGGCCACGGGAGAGACGUCCGUCGUCAGGAGAGACCGCAGGAUGGAAAUCCAGACCAUAAUAUCAGACUUCAGCGCCGCCCAGACGCGCCUGCAGGCCCGCAUCGUCGCCCUGGAAACAGAGCUGAAAGAAAGGGAUGAGAAAGGAAAAAGGAGGGAGCCGAGAGUGGAGGAUCUUCACACCAUCGCUAAGCUCCAGGAUAAACUCACGGAGAGAGACCAGCUCAUUAAAAGACUCGUGGAAGAGAGACAUCAGCAGUCCCAGCAUCCCCCCGUCUGUGGCAACGUCACUUUGAAACCCUACGACACGAGAACACGACCGGGCAGCCUGACGCCAACGCUAAAGAAAGUCAUGGAGGAGACGCCGCCACGGGUCACCAGCGUUCCAAACCUCAGCUCGUACGAACGAUCCGUCCUGAACCCUGAGGGGGUCGCCAGAGGGACGUCUCGCGCCCCAGGCUCCCCGACCGUGGAUCAGGGAGGACGGGGGUUACCCCUAUCCCGAACCAACACCCCCACCUCCUUAGCAAAUCCCCCCACCCACUCAGACCCCAGGACGGGAAUCCGCUACAUCCGCUCACCCUCGCAGGAGCUCCAACACCAGCUCCAUCACGGCAACAUCAGCUACACCCAGCCCAUCAGAAAUCCGUCAGAACAGAGAGUCCUUGAAACUGGACCAGAUGGACAGGACCCACAAAAACAAGAGUGGUUCACCAAAUACUUCUCAUUUUGA